CUCGAUCACCAUAAAACAAACGAAAUCGUCUUUCGGAUGAACAGCACGUCGUCUGACUACUUCAGGCAAAUCAACGAAGAGGGCUUCAGACAAUUCAGAGAGUGUUCAUAGCACCAUCUUCUAAGGUGAAAGUGUAUAGUCUGUAGACUGAGUUCACGUGGCCACCCGGACACAGCUACCCGCCCACCUACCCUACUUCUCAAACGUACGCACUCACCCUGAACCACGCUCCUCACUCAUGCACGAACAGGUAAACGCUGCUCCACGCGUGACAUCACCCAGACAAGUUCGUUUGCAUGGCUGAAGGUCACUCUUUGACACGUUAAGUAACCAAAGGUCAAUAUAAAGGCCACAGUGGAAAAAAUGAAAAUCAGCGGUGACCCAGAAGCCUUGGUCCAAGGUUCAUUCCACCCGAGACUAGCAAACGGGUGUAGGACAGCUGCUCAUGUCCACCUCUCAACACCUUCCAUUGCUUGACACAACACUUAAGCCGACAUGUUGCAAAAAGUGUUGAUGGACAGCAAGGUGCUGGUGCACCUGCUUGUAUGCAUCUUCGCCAUCUCCUCCUGGGUGGACAUCAAUGGCAUGUGGGUGGAGCUGCCCAUCCUGGUCACCCACCUUCCUGAAAAAUGGACUCUCCCAUCUUACAUCACUAUUAUUAGCCAGAUUGCCAACAUCGGACCUAUCAUUUUUGUGUUGAUCUCCCUCUGCUUAAAGAGAACGCAUGUCAAGAAACUUACCCUGGAUAAAAUCACUUCUUACAUCAUCAUGAUAGUCGGGGUGGCGUCCACCCUUCUGCUAGCUUUCUUCUGGGAGGAGACGAUUUUCGUGGACGGUGCGGACAGAAGCUUCGCCCUACUGGCCCUGAGCUUCUUCCUCUCGUUCGUGGACUGCACCUCAUCCGUGGCUUAUGUUGCCUUCAUGGCAUCCCUCAAGCCGGUCUACCUGUCCAGCUUCUUCGUCGGCGAGGGUCUGAGCGGCCUGCUGCCCGCCCUCAUGGCUCUGGGACAAGGGGCGGGGGAGAUCAAGUGCGUCAACGCUAGCAGCACCAGCGAGAGGAACGUCAGCGGCAACGUCGUCAACGUGACGGACUACUACGUCUACCCUACGUACCUUCCACCCAGGUUCUCGGUGCAGCUCUUCUUCCUCCUUCUGUGUGGAAUGAUCUUUCUGUCCAUGGUGGCCUUCUCCUUGCUCAACUUCUGGGGCUACUGCAAGGACCAGCUUGUGGCCGUAUCCAUGUACAACCUCGAGGACAGCGACAACCUCAGAGACAGCAUCGAUCUUGAGGACGAGGUCAAGGAUGUGUCCUUUAGAAAAACGUCCUACUCUUAUGAGAUGACAGUCAGCUUGGAGGACGAGGUUGGUGUCAAUAACAAGGACUUUCCGGCUUCUCAGGCAAGGGAAAAAUUACCAAAUCAUGUCGAGAACAAAAUUGUCAGUGACGACAGUGCAGAAGUUCAACACCAGAAGACCUCCAAGUUUGUCCUCUUCCUGCUGUUGCUUCAGAUUGUGAUCAUCAACUUCCUCAUCACAGCCUUCCUUCUUUCUAUCCAGGUGUAUUCCAGCCUGCCGUACGGGAUAGACACGUACAAUCUUGUUGUCACGUUGUCUAACAUCGCCAACCCAGUUGCGUGCAUCAUCUCAGUCUUCCUGUCCAUCACCUCGCCCUGGAUCAUCUCGCUCAUGACGACUUGUGGCCUCGGAUGCUCAGCAUACAUCAUCGCCCUUGCUUGCCUGAGCCCCACACCCCCGCUAAUAGGAACCAGUUCCGGGGGACCUGUUGCGGUGGCGGUGUGGGUAGGAGCCUCGUUCUUCCUCACCUACGCCAAGAUCUCGGUGGCCGGCGUCAUGCGCCAAGUAGGUCGUCACGCCCUGAUAGUGUAUGGCGCCCUCACACAGACCGGCGCACUCCUUGGCGCUGUGACCGGCUUUGUACUCGUGAACGAGGUCAAGGUCUUCAAGGAUGCUUCCUGGUGCUGAGGGUGGAAACGACCUCACAGCAGGAUUGACAAUACUCAGGAAACCCACAGCUCGCAUAGCUAAUCUUCAAAGGAUAGUUUUGCUUCUUGGCAUUUUUAAGGAUCUGACAUGAUUUUUUUUAACACCUAUCCCUUCUAGGUAGUGUUUGUCCUCUGAUCAUCGAUAUUUUAUUCUGUGUGACUGUCACAGUUACACUGUCAACACACGGCAUGUCAUUCUUUCAUUCCACAAAACAUCUGUUGACGUCAAGGAUUGAAAACAAUUGACUUCUUUCUUCAACACACAAACAACAACAAACAAAUAAACACACUCGAAGAUGCGACUGCUGGGAAUACAUCGCAGUGUUGACACAAUACCUAAAACAAAGUGAGUAUUAGUUCACCGAUGAGUUCAAUAAACUAACAAGAAGGUUGUUCUGGCCAAAAUGUUUCCAUUGUUUAACGACAUGAGGCAGAGUUCAGUUCAGUGUCUGACUGCAAGUGUUUCUGGUGGAUUACAAGUCCUGUGGAUUGGCAUGUUCGCUAUCAGAAAAAUCAAGCAUAAAAAUCAGACUCACAAUCACAAAUAUGUAUUAUAAGCUCACUCUGUCACACACAUCUAUAAAAAACUGAAUAUUGUGUAAACGAAAUAAUUUGUAUUUGUUGAUUUCUCUCAUUUCUGAUUUGCUGGAACACCAUUAUGGGUGAACUGAUUAACCACGUUUUGAAUUUCCUUCUGGAAAUACACAAUAAAGAUUUUGCAGUAUAAAAACAUUGUUAAGAUUAAUUCUACUUUAAAAUAAUGAUCAUGUAUUGAAAGAAAAAGUGAUAACAUCAGCGCAAACACACAAAGCAAACGUGUACGCAUGCGCGCACACACACAAGUAAAUGUGUACACUCGCCAACUCUCUCUCUCUCUAGAUAUCUCGCCUCUUGAGCACACUCCACACGGGUUGGAAGCAAAACAAGGAUCCAAGCUACUGAUCUUUCAUAUCACUUUGGCGUUUAAACCCAGAGACGUUCCGGUUCGAUUGCCGUGUGGUGCAAACUAAUUUCCUUCAGUUGACCCAGCUGUGGAGGUGCCUGAGGUACCUCACUGUCCAAAGAAAUACCAUUCAGAUCCAUGUCCUCACAAUGUCAGUCAAACUGUGGCUCUUACCACAUGGGACAUCACAGUGACACCGCACUUUUAUACCAAACUUACAGUUAUGAACUCAUGCGUAA